AGCCCUCCCCCCAACUCUCGAUCUGAUCAUUAACCUUGGAAGCAAAUUCAUAUAAUUUGCUGUAAAUUUAAGAUUAAGUAAUCCCUUUAUUUUAGGAAUAAUACUUGUUUGGCCCAGCUGGGCAAAUGAAGGAGGUAAGUGGUAGAAAACAAGGUGGAGUGUCUCCCUGCGCAGCUUGCAAGCUUCUGCGCAGGAGGUGUGCACAUGAUUGUGUGUUUGCUCCUUAUUUUCCAGCUGAUGAGCCUCACAAGUUUGCAAGUGUGCACAAGGUUUUUGGUGCUAGCAAUGUCAACAAGAUGCUACAGGAAUUACCAGAGCAGCAGCGCAGUGAUGCAGUGAGUUCGAUGGUGUACGAAGCAAACGCUCGAGUGAGAGACCCGGUGUACGGUUGUGUUGGUGCAAUCUCAUCUCUACAGCAACAGAUCGAUGCCCUCCAAGCUCAACUGGCAAUUGCACAAGCUGAGGUCGUGCAUAUGAAAAUAAAUAAUUUUCCUUCUGCAUCAUCAUCACCUUCAGAAAACACCUCUCCCGUCUCAGUCAAGCAAAUAAUGCCUAAUAACAACAAUUCUCAACAUCAUUAUCAUCCUCAUCAGACCACCAAAUCCUUAUUUACAAUAGAUAUGGUGGUAGAUCAGGCCAAUUCUUUGUGGUCAUGCUAGUUAUUUAUAAAUCCCCAAUCCCCUAUACAUUUGCAUGCCUGCUCUUCCCUUUAUAUAUCUAUAUAUAUAUAUAUAUAUUAUAUUAUAUAUUAAUUGUUAUUCUCUAAUUGGUCAAUUAAUUAGUAUCAUCAUGGAUUUGCUUUUAUAAUAUCUGCCUUUU